GCCUCUGGCGAGGACGCCGCGGGAUAGGAGGACCCGAGGCUGAUGACAUGAGGGCGCCGUCUCCCGAGUGAUGGCAGCGCGCUCUGCCUCGCCGCCUCCGCCGUUCAGCCCCGGACUCCUUACGUCAGGGUAGCUGGGUCCCCCCUCCGCGCGGGAGCCUGGGAGCAGCGGGAGAGCAGAGCAGAACAGAGCGCGCCGCGGAGCCCGGGCGCCCUCACUGCGCGCCGAGCCCCGCCGAACACAGCAGCGCAGGAGGCAACACCACCGAGCCCUCGCCGGACACCGCACGCCGACUCAGCACACCCCGGCCUCAGCCGGGGCCGCUGCCGCCCGGACCCGCGGGGCGCCAGGCUCGUCCUGUGCGCCCCUCGCCAUGCGCGCCGGGCUCCGCGGCUCUCCCGAGCAGCCCCAGAGCGGCGGGCACAGGCGCCCGGGCCGGGGCGCCUCUCGCUGAAGUAGUUGGGUGGCCCGGGCAAGGGGUCGCCACGUCGGGGACGCGGUCCGGACCCGCGGAGUUGGCCCCAGAGCGCGGGGAGCGGGGCCACCCGCGCCGCCCCACCAUUACCUCCCCGGGCGGCAAGGAGGAGCUGGUGGCGGUCGCCUCCCGGCUGUGGCAGCGGCGGCGGCGCGCCUGCCUGGCGGCCGUCGGCGUACUCCUGGCCAUGGCGCUCGGGCUGCUCAUCGCCGUGCCGCUGCUGCUGCAGGCGGCGCCCCCCGGCGCUGCUCACUAUGAGAUGAUGGGCACCUGCCGCAUGAUCUGCGACCCCUACAGCGCCGCACCCGGCGGGGGGCCCGCGGGAGCCAAAGCCCCGCCGCCGGGCCCCAGCACCGCCGCCCUGGAAGUCAUGCAGGACCUCAGCGCCAACCCUCCGUCCCCCUUCAUCCAGGGACCCAAGGGCGACCCAGGGAGACCCGGCAAGCCAGGGCCGCGGGGGCCGCCCGGAGAGCCGGGCCCGCCUGGACCCAGGGGUCCCCCGGGGGAGAAGGGCGACUCGGGACGGCCCGGGCUGCCCGGGCUGCAGCUGACGGCGGGCUCGGCGGGCGGCGUCGGAGUGGUGGGUGGCGGAGCCGGGGGCGGAGGCGACUCCGAGGGCGAUGUGACUAGCGCGCUGAGCGCCGCCUUCAGCGGCCCCAAGAUCGCCUUCUACGUGGGCCUCAAGAGCCCCCACGAAGGCUACGAGGUGCUCAAGUUCGACGAUGUGGUCACGAAUCUGGGCAAUCACUACGACCCCACCACGGGCAAGUUCAGCUGCCAGGUGCGCGGCAUCUACUUCUUCACCUACCACAUCCUCAUGCGCGGCGGCGACGGCACCAGCAUGUGGGCGGACCUCUGCAAGAACGGACAGGUGCGGGCCAGCGCCAUCGCGCAGGACGCCGACCAGAACUACGACUACGCCAGCAACAGCGUGGUGCUGCACCUUGACUCGGGGGACGAGGUGUACGUGAAGUUGGACGGCGGCAAGGCUCACGGCGGCAACAACAACAAGUACAGCACCUUCUCUGGCUUUCUUCUGUACCCGGAUUAGGGGUGCGGGCGCGCGCGGGCUGGGCUGGCUGCGGGCCCGCUGGAGCCCCCGCGGGGGUGCGCGCUGCUCCUUGGCGAGGGGCCACUUUCGUUUCACGACACUUGCUGACAUGUCUGUUGGAAAAGACACAUUCCCUGCUGUUCCUCCUUGCCCUGCCCCCCGGCCUCAGUGCGUCUGCGACUCACCACGCUCUGGGCUGCGCGUCCCCUGCCCCUCAUCCCUGUCCCUAACCGGGGAGGGAGACAGCCAGCCGGGGACGCGCCAUUGGCGAGCUGAGCGUGACCCCAAGCCCUCCCGGCGGAGAGGCAAGCAGACUUUGCAAACCUGAUGGGACUGGACAGGCCUGUGGGGGGUGUGUCCUCUUCCGGAUCUCCUUCCUCCCUCCUGGCCACGGUGUCCUGAGGCCGUGGGCUCCGGGCCAAAGUGAGCAUGGGCUCCUAUAGGCCUCCUUCUUUGUGACCUGAAACACUUGUGCAAAUGUCUCUGUCCAUCAGCCAAAAACCCACUCGCAGCAGAAUUCCAGCACCCAGAAAACUCAUCUUUCUACACUGCACUCCCUCCUGACUCACGUACACAGCGAUGCAUUAAAUUAUGUUUUUAGACCAAG